GUCUAUGAGCACAGUUGCUUCUCACAAACCUCAACAUGCAGAGCAACCUCAACAGAGAGUGGUGCGAAAAGAGCCUCAGGUGAGGCCCAUCAACAGAUACGCCCCUCCAGAUUACAUGACACUAAUGUAUCACCCCACUCCCACACUGGAGGACCUGGGGUUAACCAGUUAUCUGGACAGCCCUCCCUCAUCACCCAGAACUAGGUCACCAGCUCGGGAGGAAGAAACGGCAGAUUCUCAACCAGAGCGAGAGUCAGCAAGGAGGGUCUUAUCAGCAUGGGACGCACCAACAAAUGACUUUUUUGACCGAGAAUCCAAGACAACCAACUCACAAGCUAGAGAGUUCAGGAUAGCUGUGUCAGCUGACAAACAGUCAUCAAAGAUUGACACUGUAUCGGCAAGGAGGGUCUUACAAGCAUGGGGGUUACCAAAGAGUUCUGCACCAGAGCAGGAGUCAAGGAGUAUUUCAGCAGAUUCCAAGUUACAUGUAGCUAACUCAGUAGCUCGGGAGAUAAAACAGACUACCUCAGUGGCACGUCAACCAUUGCCUUUCAUGUCUGAUGCAAAGGAGAGAAACCAUAAGAGGCCUCCAACUCCAACUGAAAUAAAUCAGCAUUUGUCAAAGAAAUUUAAGCCACAAGGUUAUGUACCGAGCUUUGUUCCAAAAGGCUGGGUUCCUCCUGCAGAUAAAUACUCAGAAGGACACACACCUAAAGUAACAUAUGGCUCAGAGAAGAGGAAUCAAAGGAGUUUGUCAAACCUUUCAACUGAUGCAGCCAAAUCUAUGAUGACUUCACAAACUGAGCAUACCUCAGCUAAGACUUCAUCACAUUCUAAUGUUAGCUCAUCACUGGCUACAAGACCCAAGAAAGUGGCGUGUGACUGGUCUAUGAUCGCUGAACGGUACUCAACAGAAAGUCGUCAAUCUGAUGACAUGGAAGGAAAGCGUGACGCAAUGUACAGACGCUACACAAACGAAGGGCGUCUAUUUGGUGGUGAACAGAGGCCUGACGCAGUGCGUCAUCAGAAUCAGACGCAAGACGCAUGGCGUCACCCUAACAGUUCUCAGACUCAGUCUCUCAGCAAACACACGUUUAACCAGACAAAUGCUGCUGGUAACAUAAAUGAUUUGUUUGGUGGAAUGUCACCUUACAGCUGUUGGAUUCAGUCCACACCAGAAGACCGAAGAUGCUCUUAACUUCCGGUCCUCGCUGUGAUAUUAAUGACACUGUAAUGACGUCACAGGGGACAACUUCCUGUUUGUCACUAAAAGGAACUCUGAGCAGUCCUUAUAGACUUUUACAACUCCGUCUUUCAGUUUGAUAAUUAUUUAUUUUUUAAUUAAUGUGUAUUUGAUAUGAUUUCGAUGAUAUUAAUUUAUAUAUUUUUUUAUGUUUGUUGUCUUUGACAACGUCAUUUUUCUAUUGUCUGUGACAAUUUAUUCCUGUGUAGACACUGUGUGUCAAGUUAAUUAUGGACUGAGCGGACAUUGCUAGCAACAGAAAUAUCUUUUUAAUCAAAUGUCAUACUACAUACGUCUUUCACACUUCUUUUGCACUUUUGGAGAAAUUCUAAAACACAUCAGUCAGUCUUAUUUGACUCUAAAGUUCAACGUAUUAUUAUUACAAUCAUGUAUAUUAAACCUAUAAUUUUUU